GCUAUUUUCUGAUAUUAUUAGCGAUUUCUUCGUAAUUAAUGAAGUUAUGAAACGGCUUUUUAUUUUACCUUGACCUUUCCAUAGCUAGCAAACUGGGCUAUUUUAAAAACCACGUGAAACGGCUGAUGACAUUUUGCUGGGAAUUAACAUUGUUUCCUCACUGCCAAAUAUAUGCUGUGUAUUGUUUCCUCACUGCCAAAUAUAUGCUGUGUAUUGUCGAAACUCUUAAAAUACGUUCAUUUGGAUUUAAUUUUUACAUGUAUACAAUAUGCUAUAGCUUAAAUGGAAGAUGAGAAAGUAUACGUUGUGUAACAACAGGUUGAUAAUUCAUUCACGAAAGUAGUUGUUAUUGUGUGUAUUGGGAUGGUCAUCUAUGGAAAAUGCUUUCAAAAUUAACUAAAACACAUCUUCUUGUUAGGUUGCCAAGGUUAUUCCUAAAUGGAAGCUGUAUUAUGGAUGUGAUAAAAGAUCCCAAUGGACCGAGAUUAGAUGACACUUCAACUACAAAGUCUCAAAAAAGGAGGUACAGCAGUGGAAGCAGUUCCUCUACUUCACAACAGGCAUGUACGUCAGAAGUGAUCAAGGAUCAGAUGAGACAUGACGACCCAGCGAUAAUCGACUUAACUUUUGAUGACCAAACCAUCAUUGAUUUAACGGUUACUAGUAGUAACUUGGAAACAAACACUCCAAACUUAAAACACAGAGAUCUAGAAAAAUCUGCAGUGAAACAGGACAAUUCAAUGGGGCCACUGUUCUCAAGACUGAAGGAAAGCAAACAUUUCCAAAGAGAGUCUCCUUCAGGUUUCCCAGAACAGUUGGAAAGAUUCAGUGAGCAUGAAAACAGAACAAGCCAAUGCUCACUAAACCCUCCAUCUAAGAAGCACAAAACAGAUGAACAAAACAUAAUCCCAGAAUUAGCCAAGGAAAAUGAUGUUGAAGCUCGUCCAUACAAGUCACAACGGAAAUGGGAGUGGACAUCCAUCGGGAGGCAGUGUUUAUUUGAAAAUCGUCGCUGCAGUGGCACAGACUUUACUGUCAUGUCCUAUAAUGUUUUGGCCCAGAACUUGCUCCAUGACAACAUGUAUUUGUAUUUAAACUCAGAAGAAAAGCAUUUGCAGUGGGAUUAUCGCAAGCACAUUCUUUUGCGGGAGAUCAAAGAACAUUUACCUGAUAUUCUUUGUCUACAGGAGGUAAACUUGGAACAUUACAAAUCAUUUUUCAUACCAGAACUAGCAGAGUUAGGUUACAAAGGAGAGUUCCAGAAGAGGACAGGUAAUGACAAGUUCGAUGGCUGUGCAACAUUUUACAAUACAAAUAGGUUCAAAAUGGUCAAAUGUUGGCAUUUGUGCUAUCACAGACAGUACAGAAUCCUAGACCGUGACAAUGUUGCAGUGAUAUUGAAGCUGCAGCCAAUCACUAAACAGAAACAUUCACCUGAGAUUUGUGUAGCCAACACCCAUCUUCUCUUUAACCCAAGACGAGGAGACGUCAAGUUUGCACAGAUGGUUCUCCUUCUGGCAGAGAUUGACAAAUUGACAAGCACAUUAACUAGUGAUGGUCAGACAUCUCACAUUCCUACCAUUGCUUGUGGUGACUUUAACUUGGUGCCCAAAAGUGAUUUGUACAAGUUCCUGGUUGAGGGGUACAUCCACUUUGAGGGUCUUCUGGCAAAUACUCUAUCUGGUCAAAGAGGAGGUAGGCGAGGAAGGGACACAUACCUGGAUAGUAAUUUCCUUCCUUCAGAAUUGAAUAUAUCGAAAUACUGUACAUACUCUAAAGACAGUCAGUUAGACUUAUCACCUUCAAAUCAAAAAUCACAGGAUUGCUCUCAGAAUGAAAUGUUUUCAUGUUCUUCACAAUUGGUUCCUUCCUCUAUGCAAAGAUCAACAUCAGAGAUGGGACAGGGUAGUGGGUGUCUGUGGCACAAUCUUAAGCUUGUAUCUAGUUACAAACACAGGAUUGAGCGACUAGGCAAGUCUGCCCAGGAGGUGACAACAUACCAUGGACAUGACAGUGCCAUUGUGGAUUACAUCUUCUACAACAUCACUGACAGAGAUGCUAAGAAAGGAAAACUUGCAUUAUUGGGACGCUGGGGACUCUUAUCAGAAAAAGAACUGUGUCAGAUUGGGACUUUUCCCUGUAAAAACCAUCCCUCUGACCAUCUCCCUCUCAUCAGCAGAUUUCUGCUAGAAUGAUCUGGUCUGAAGCUUUAAGUUGAACAGUAACAGCAAAUCUGUGUUUUACACUUUAAUGUUGGCAUGUGUCAAGGUUUGGACUGUGAAUAAGCAUAUUUUAUUGCUAAAUGAUGUGGCAUAAGGCUUAUUAAUGGAGUUCAGAAAAGAGCGGAAGGGGCGUGGGACAAAUGAAAAGUCCUGUCUCCUGUACAUGUGGAAGACGGAAAUUCUCUUGCUGUAAUGUUAGAAUGAAAACAGUAUACUGUUGAUGUGGCAGGCUAUAUUUAAAUACUCCAAUAACAUGUGGUUGUCCUCAAAUUUUCUUUGCAUCCUUCAUUUGCUGAAUGAAUCUAUGAUAUAAAAUCUGAUAAAAUCAGUAGUUCAUGGCCGUUUAUGUACCACGUGUAAAUCAUGUUAGGCAUAGCACAUAAUAUGCAAAGUCAUGAACCAAUGAUUUUAAUCAGAUUGAUGUCAUGAGGGUCUGAAUUAGGAAUAUGGGGACAAUUAUAACAUAAUCUGUGAUAUCCAAUAUAUUUAUUGAGUGUCUGAUCUAGUUCAUGAAAUACUCUUCAAAAGCAUAUAGAAUUUAUUGUGAAAUUUAGAGCACCUAGCAAUUGCUAUCCAAAUAAAAAAAGAAUUAAAUGCAAACAGCCUUUAAAGCAACUUUCCUGUCUAAAUGAUAUUAUAUUUUUCAUAAUUACAAUGUAUUUCAGCAUAUUGUAGCAUAGAACAACCUGAAAGACUUUGCUAGCAAGUGUAUAUUGUUUUUCAGCUUAUGUGUUAGGUAAAUAAAAGUUUCAAAAGACUUGGAGAGAGAUUUAAAACAAUCACAAAAUAUUUAUUUCAUUAGAAUAUUAAUCAAUAUUCCGUUAUAAAGGGAAUUUAUAUUAAACAGGCAAACUUCUUUAUAAGUGUAAGGUUUACAAUUGGAAAAAAGUAUUUUUGUUACAUGCAUUACAGUUAAAUUCUAAUAGUAUUUUUUGAUGUAAUUACACUUAACAGUUAGUAUUUUUUUAAGUAAGUGUGAAUCCUGUCACUAUGUUAACAAAGCAUAUUACUGAAUAGA